CACUGAAACCGGCUCUUCCAGGGCCCUUCCCUUUAACACCCCGGUGGAACAGUGAACUUAUAUAAUUAUUUUUUGUUUUAUGUCGGCGGACAUAAACUUGGGUCGCAACAACGCUAGCAGUCAGCGACGGCUGGAGUCUAGCAUCAACCUGUCUGUCUACACAGCAAAACGGAUACAUGCACUGUAUCAAUAUUGGAAAAAAGAAGAUAAGACAAUACGAACUUACUUUAGGGAGAUACAUUGUUUCUAGAGAAAGACAUACCGAACUCUCAGAGGACAAAAGGGGUGGACGAGAAAAUAAUAGACAAAGCCGACCGAGAAACAGGCGAAGAGAAAGGAGAGAGUGAGACAGGGGAAUGCGGUGAAAAUAGACCUAAUUCGGAGUGGUUGUCAGCUUCUUUUCUUUGUUAACCUCUUCGCGAUUUUCUUGUUCAUGGAUAUGUCACAAUAAUUUUCUCCGAAGGAGUGUAGACACUUGAAAAUAUCUGUCUUGAAAACAGUUUUUUUUCCCCUUGACGCAUACAAAUACAGUGUGAGAAGGGUAUUUACUUUUCUAUCAGGAGAUUGUCAGGGGAAGGGAGAGAGGGAGAGACACAGACAAAAAGUCUAUCUUUCUCUCUCUCUCUCUUUCUCUUUUUGUCUCCUGUCCGGCAAAUAGAUUAACAGUAACAACACAGAAGACUUACUGCUUUGCUCCCGCACCCCCGUCCAAUAAGUAGACCACAACCUCUUUGCCCCCUUUCCUCUUCUUCAGUCAUGACCUCCCCCUCCCCACCCCUCCCCUCCCCUUCUCCCUGCCCCCCUCCCCCGCCAUCUCUCCCCUCCUCCCCUACCCCAUCGUCUCCCGCCCCCUCCACCCUUCCUCCCCCUCCCUCGCUCCCUCCCACGGGAGAGGUGAUGAUCCUGGCGCUGGGGAGGAAGAAGCAGCGACUUCUCCUCUGUCUCUCAGUCCUGCCCAACCUCUUCCUGUCAUUCCUGCUUUCCUCCGACCCCCUCCUCACUCUCUCCUCGCCCCACCACUGCCGCCUCCCCGCGCCCUCCCCGCCCCCUCAGCUCCUCAAUUCCUCCCUGCCCUGGGAGCACGCUGACAUGGAGGGUCAGGCGGGGGGGUGGUCGCAGUGCAAGCAGUACCAGUUUGUCAACGGCACCCAGUCUGGCGUGGUGGGCUGCGAGGACGGCUGGGACUACAAUGUGACCGAAGGCCUGAGGAACAACAUAGUCACAGAGUGGGAUCUGGUGUGUGGUCAGUACUGGCUGGUGCCUGUGGAGGAGGUGUGCUUCAUCCUGGGAAUCCUCACCGGGUGCCUGGUCCUGGGCUAUACUGCUGACAGGCUGGGCAGACUGAAGACUCUGCUUACUUCCCUUACCCUGUCAGUUAUUUUUGGAGUGCUGGUGUGUGUCUCUCCCUCGCCUUCCGUCUUCAUCAUCACACGGUUCUGCCUUGCAGCGGCAACUGCCGGAGUCUACCUCACACUCUACAUCACACGUUUGGAACUUUGUGACCCAUCGCUAAGGCUGCUGGUCACCAUGGUGGCAGGCCUUACAACAGUUGCUGGGGAGUUGCUGUUGCUUGGCGUAGCUCUGGGAUGCCAGUCCUGGAGGGGACUGCUUGGAGCAGGGACUGCACCUCUCUCUCUCUUCCUGAGCUAUGGUGCACCAGGUGUGUUUCCCGAGUCUCCACGCUGGCUCCUUCUCACAGAGCAAUCCUCAGACCUGCACUCCUUCAGCGAGCGGAGAGAGAGAGAGAGGGAUGAUGAAAGCUUCACAGAGCUGGAGUCGGACCCGCCCCCCUCCACCCGCCCGCACCUCUCCUUCCCCGAGCUUCUGCACAGCAGGAACAUCUGGAAGAAUAUGUGCGUGCUGGGGUUCACCUCGUUAAUCUCUCACGGAAUCAGUCACUGUUACAGCUCGUUCCGGCGUGACGUCAAAGGCACGGCCCCCAGUUUCUAUUGGACUUACCUGCUUUCUGUGUGUGCGGGCGGUGCUGCCUGGCUGUUGCUGUGGGCCACUGUGGACAGGUGUGGUCGCCGUGGCAUCCUGCUUCUGGCAAUGACGAUGACAGGUCUGGCCUCUCUGAUUCUGCUGGGGCUCACUGAGUAUCUCAGUGGGUCGGCCAUUACGGUUUUCUCAGUGCUCGGCCUCUUCUCCUCCCAGGCUGCAGCCUCCCUCUGCAUCCUCUUCACAGCUGAGGUCAUCCCAACGGUCAUCCGAGGCAGCGGAGUUGGCCUGGUCAUGGGCCUGGGCUGCGUGGGCCGCCUCAGCUCUCCGCUCAUGGACCUGUGGAAUCACUACGGCUACUUCCUCCACCACGUGGUGUACUCUUCCCUGGCCCUGCUGGCCGUGCUGUCCAUCCUGCUGCUGCCCGAGAGCAAGAGGAAGCCCCUGCCCCAGACGCUGGCCGACGGGGAGCAGUACCGGCGCCCCCCGCUGGGCCGGAGGAGGAGGGACAACGUGCCCCUCCUGGCCACGCCCAACCCGGAGACCUAGCGCCUGGCCGCGCUCCUCUGCCACAGCCGCCCGCCAGAGCAUCACCGACGCCCGUGCAGCGCAGAGAGCGGGAAACUCUGCUGCCAGGCGAUGCUGGCCACGCAGGCGAAGAGAAGGGUGGGGCUGGCGGCGGGGGU